UAACACAAAGACACACAGACGCCAUGAUGGCCAGACUCAAGAUGACCUGGCUUCUGAUAUGCGGCCUUAUGUACCUAUUUGAUACAGGUGAGGCCAUUCAGUGCUAUCAAUGUGACAGUAACGAGGAUUCCUCCUGCCCUACUGGACACUUCUUUGACACAGAGGUUAAUGCACCUAUUGACUGCAACAGUUUUGAAGCAAAAACUCCUGGGCAGUUUUGUAUGAAAAUAACACAAGAAAGUCCUGGAUGGGGCGGCUGGAAAAAAAUCACAAGACGCUGUGGAUCCAGGACUGAUUCUGGUGUGGCAUGGGGGUGCAGAUGGUCCUGGGACCAAGUGGGUGUGUUCAAGGAGAUCUGCUACUGCGAGUAUGAUUCUUGUAAUGGAGCCACACGGUCUAGUCUUCAACUAUUUCUAGGCAUGGGAAUCGCCGUCCUUGCAUACAUCACUAAACUAAUACUGUGAUGAUCAUUUUCCUCAUUAUCUCAUCAUCAUACCAUUUAUACAGAAAUUUAAUAUGCGGGGGAAAAAAGAAAAAAAAAUACAUACUGGUACAUUGUACAUGUAUAAGGAAAAGUUUAUGAUAUGAAACUGUAAUGAUGUGGAAUUCAAUAUGUGUAAAAAGAAGAUUUUAGGAAGAUACAUGCUUUGAGUAUAUUUACGAAAUAACCAUGUACUGAAAUAAAGUCAAACAAUAAUUCUGGUUAUACCUUAUAAUUUAAUUCAAUAAGUAAGGCAACCCUUUUUAAUUGAGAGUUUGUGAUAUUUUUUCAUUUCUGAUAAAAACUUAAUACUUUUUCACAAAACACAACAUUGCCCAUUACCAGUGAUUUCUUCGCCAAGCAACUUCAACCAAUCAGAAGUUAGAAUUACAAAUGCUGCGCCAAACAUUGCGGUAUACGAUGUCAUCACUUUUCGUGUUGUCUGUGUUUUAGGGUAUAAGAAUAUAACCUGAAAAAAUUACCAUUGGGAGAAUAGCCAAAAUGAAAAUAUAACCAUCAUGCGAUUAUUUGCCUAUAAUCAGAAAUUGGAGAGAAUCUCUGAGAAAAGUGUAAAUUUGUAUGAUGUCAAAUGAAAUGCAUCUUUCUAAUUUUUGAAGGUUUCCUUUUUAAUUUGACAAUUAAUGUUUGGAAUAAAUGUAACUUCUUAUUUUAUGAUGCAUGAUUACAACUGUACAAACGGUUCAAUCUGCCAUAAGGUAUCACUGCAUUAAGACAUGUGCUUAUUUCAUUACAAAUUCUCCUGUGAAAAUAUAAGUCAUUGUGUGGAAUUCUAAUUGGUAAUUAUAACCUCAUCCAUAUUGAAGUUUAGUCUUCAUUUUGUGUUCUAGUUGAGAUGAUGCAAUACAGACUGUAUAGUGAUACCAAACAUGUUUAAUUAUACCCACAUCACAAUCUAAUUAUAGUUUCAUCUUAGAACAGUGUGCGUAGGAUACAAAUUUAUUUUUAUAGGGAAAGAAAAUAUCAAAAAAUUCAUGAAGAUAAAAUAUUUCCUAUUUUUUUUUAAAGGAUCCGGACACAAGUUUCUUCUCUGUGGAUCGAAAUCCUAAUUUAGAAUUUCUCUCCCAAGUAUGAAUAACAUGGUGCAAUUACACGGCUGUCAGAAGUCUUGAGCCAAGACCAUUUAUAGUACUUUGAUUGGUUUAACAUCUGGUCGUUCUAGUUUAGGAUUUGAUGCACAGAUUUGGGACAUAUGUCACUUCUGUGGUGCAGACAGGUGCCAUGGUCACUUUUGUCUAUGCAAGAUUGUAUAUGCCUAGUUAGAUACCAUAAUGGGAAGGUUUAUUCACUCACAGCUUUCCAUUCUAUAUAGCACAUUCCAAACGAUUAUAACACACAGAUUCAAUGCAAUUCCACAAUUGAUAUCUUAUGCAUUUUCUUAACUUGAACGAAAUGUUGAAGUCUUUGCUUAGUAAUUAAAUAUUUUCAUUGCAAUGAUAAUAUAUAAUGUCAUAAUGUUACAUUUGUAUCUGCUAUUUCCCUUAUUAUACAAAAAUUUUGCAACAUGCGAAAUAUUAAUUGAAACUCAAGGUAAGUAAUGUAUGUAUUUUUUAAAAACAAGGUUGCAGUAGAUAGCAUUGAUAAUAACCAUUGUUAGUAUAGAAUGUUUUUUGCAAAAUAAAAUAUGUGAUACUUUUUUUCUUUUCAAUGUUAUUAAAUAUUCAAAUGGCUUAGUAACAUUGUCCAUUUAAUGUUACUCUGAUUGGUUGACACUAAAAGUUCAGUCUAAAUAUAUAAAAAAAAAAAUUAUGGGAAUCCCUGUUUUUUGCAUUACCUGGGUAGUUAAAUAGAAUUUGGUGCUGGGAAUGUAUUGCGUCCUACAUUGAGAAGACAUUAUUUUACCUAAAUGUUUUUCAAAUGAUGGGAUUUGUCACAGAUUAGGAUGAAUUUGUCUAGAAACGUGUUCAAAUUAGAAGAACAGGUCAUUAGAUAAGUAGGAAAUAAUGCAGUAAUGAUUGAACAUUGUAUGUCGAGGACCUCCAGAUGUCAACAAGGUGAAUUCCUCAUAAUACCUAGGUCCAUCUCGUUUUUAUAAUAUAAUAUAUGUGACUCGUCCAUGUAAUGUUUUGUUAAUUGAAUGUCAAGCCAUGUUGGCUGUUUUGUGUGUCAAAUACAUGUAGUUAAAUAUUUUGGUUGCUUUAUCGAUAUGAAAAGCACCACCAUAUCAAAACAUAUCAGACAUGUAUUAUAUUUUAGAGUACUUUUUAUUAGUUUUACAUGUAAAUAAUGAUUUUUUAGACUUGUAUAUUUCAUUGUAGAUAAUUUUAUAAUUGAUGUACACAUACAUAACAUUCCACGAUGUAUCCUAGAUUAAGGUAAUGAGUGUAAAUAAUUUGUAAUCCAGACAUUGAUCAAAUGCUAUGUAACUUGCCUUUUGAUCAGAUAUCUUCAAACUUAUAAGCAAAAUGAAACACACAUUUGAACCUCGCUAAUUCAAGCCUCACUAAGCUUAAAACCUUCUGAUGCUUUUUCUUUAUUAAAUUCUUUUUCCAUGACAGCAGUAAUAGAUGUCCACAUCACAUGAAAAAAAAAGGAUUUCCAUUCCCAAAUUUUGUUUAGUAAUCAUCAUAUGCCUUUUGCAAAGCUGUUGGUCAAAUUUUCAUACAAAAUUCAAUAGACCACACAUUUGAUAAUGAUAAGGUAUGUGGACAUACAGUAGAAUCCUUUGUAGGCAAAUGCAUGCCCUGUUGGGGGCCAUCUACAAAGUGUGCAUAUUAAAAAAAAAUGCAGAAACAGGCCAGUCUGAUAUGGAAAUUCACAUUUCAUUUAUUUGGAUUCGUUAGAUUUAAACUCUUCCCUGAGUAACCAACAAAUUAACGAGGUUUGUAAUGUGGUCAUUUUGGAUAUUUUAUUUGGGACUGAUACAUUUGUAAAUUGAAAAAAUAAACAACAAAAAACUGUCAAAAAAAGCUGUGAAAUUUUAAGUUAAGUUGAUUGUUCUUUAUUAUCUUAAUAAAUUUAUUACAUUUUUUUUUUAGCAAUUUUAAUUUUCUUUUGGUUAUUUUUUAUUAAUUGUUUAAGCGGACAAAUAGCUUAAAAAUAAAGCAGCUAGAAUAAGCCUGAUACAAUUUUGUGCUUGUAUGCUUUUUUAUACAUAUAAAUAUUUAAGGUAUAAAGUGCUAGAAACUAGAACUUGUGCUUUUUUUGAAAGGCAGAACCCACAUAAUGCAUAGCUCUACUUUUGAUUUGUACAUGGAAUUUAAAAAAAUUAAAAAAAUAAAUUACAGUUUAAAAUGACCAUAAUACAAUUCUAUAUGUACUUAUAUCAAGUGAGACCACAGAACUCAGUGUAAUUAAAACAUAUCAAGUCUUCUUUUUUUCUCUCCAAAUAACAUUUUAUUACAUUCCUCAAAUUUUUAUCUAUACAUGUUUUGGUGGAAUUGUGAUUUCCCACUUGGUUGUGAUCCUUUCCAAAUUGAAACUAUUUUCAAGUCUAAUUGUUUUAUGGUUGAAUUUAUAACAAGCAAAUGUGCAUUCCUUACAUUCAAAGGUUGUUUGUUUAAAUAGCAUGUAAAUAAGAAAAAUAUUGAUGAUUGAAUUCAGUUGUAUAUAAUGUAAAUGAUUUGUAGAGCGAUUCCAUUUGUAAAUUUACAUGCAAUCAGCAGCCAUCCAAUUUUCAUAUUUUGUAAGUAAUAAAAAAAAAUGAUAAUUGA